AUGACCGCAAAGGGAAACAUUCUGUCCAAAUGCAGGUACAAAGUUGUAACAACACGUCAGCAGUAUGCCAGUUUGUUGGAGCUAAUAAAGGAGAAGCCAGAAAUUGCUCAGGGGUUCUCCAAAUGCUCGAAGGAAGAGGUAGCCGAGUUUUGGCAAAAUGUUGCGAAGCAGCUUAAUAGUAUAGGUCCACCAACCAAAGAUGUAUCAAGCUGGAAAAAGGUGUGGUUAGAUUGGAAGGCUUAUAUAAAGCGAAAAUUGUCCGAAAACAAGAGGGAGCAAACAACUACUGGCGGUGGCCGAUAUAAGCAGCACCACUUUAAUGAGAUGGAAGAAGAAGUCAUCAGACUGACCGCUUUAGAGACCAGCACACACGGUAUCCCAGGCACAGUAAGUGUUUCAUUAACCAUGGCUCUAGAGCAUAUCCAGCGUCUCUUGUGGAAUAAAUAA